GCAUCACUUUCCUUGCUCUUGCAUCGUUAUUCCUUCACACAAGCCGCCAACAUGCGUUCGGCUUCUGCUGUCCUCCUGGCCCUCGCCGCCUCGCUCUCCACCACAUCCGCCGCUCUCCAGGGCUUCAACUACGGUGCUACCAAGUCAGAUGGCUCCUACAACUUCCAGUCCGACUACCAGGCCCUCUUCUCCACCGCCAAGAACCUCGUCGGCACCUCUGGCUUCACCAGUGCGCGUUUGUAUACCAUGAUUCAAGGUGGAAGCUCCACCAACGAGCCCACAUCUGCCAUUCCCGCCGCCAUUGCGGAAAACACCUCUCUGCUGCUCGGUCUCUGGGCCUCCGGCGGUGAGGGUCCCUUCCAGGCCGAAAUCACUGCCCUCAAGUCCGCCAUCCAACAAUACGGAACCGACUUCACAAAGCUCGUCGUCGGUAUCUCGGUUGGCAGUGAGGAUCUCUACCGCAGCUCGCCCAUGGGUAUCGCUGCCAAGUCUGGCUACGGUGCGGAGCCCUCUGACAUCGUCCGAUACAUUGGCCUGGUCCGUGAUGCCAUCAAAGGCACCCCUCUGAGCGACGCUCCCAUCGGUCACGUUGACACCUGGACUGCCUGGGCCAACUCUUCGAACAGUGCUGUCGCGGAGGCUUGUGACUGGGUCGGCAUGGAUGCCUACCCCUACUUCCAAAGCACCAUGUCGAACUCCAUCGAGAGCGGUGCUAGCUUGUUCAACGCUGCGCUUCAACAGACCAAGGAUGCCACUGCCGGCAAGCCUGUCUGGAUUACCGAGACUGGAUGGCCCGUCAGCGGCAGCACCCAGAACCUUGGUGUCCCAUCCGUCGAGAACGCCAAGAAGUACUGGGACGCCGUCGGUUGCCCCAACUUUGGAAAGAUCAACACCUGGUGGUACACUCUCCAGGAUGCCGCCCCUGUCACUCCAAACCCCAGCUUCGGCAUCGUUGGAAGCACCCUGAGCACCACCCCUCUGUUUGAUCUUUCUUGCAACGCUGUGUCUUCCAGCUCUAGCAGCGCCCACUCUUCUACCGCCACCUCUGCUGCCUCAAGCGCUGCCACUGGCGCCGCCCAUGCCUCGGUUACAUCUGCUGCUGCGUCCAGCGCCGCUACUUCCUUCUCCACCGUUGUCACUGGAAGCCACGCUGCCUCGUCCGGUGCUGCUGUCUCACCUUCCCAAGGUGUUGCGGUCGCCUCCGGCUCUAGCGCCAGCUCAGGUUCCUCUCCCGCGUCCGCUACAGGUACUGCCUCUACUUCCAUUAGCUCUUCCAUUAGCUCUCCAUAUUCCAUUAGCUCUCCAUCUUCGGUCUCUGGAGGCGCCGGGCCCGCUGCUAACGCUUCCGCCAUAGAAGCCCCUGCCGGGGCCUCAGCACCAGUCAACGGCUCAUACGGUGCUGCAACUGCAACCCCCUCCAGCCCUGGCUCUUCCCCUACUGCCCCCCUCACUAUUAGCGCCAAUGGAGCUUCUCCCCUCUCGAGAUCCUUCGUUCUCGCUAUGGGUGCUGUCCUCGCUGCCUUCGCGGCUCUGUAAGUAACACAUUAAUAAUGGCCAUGAUGGAGCGAGGGGACUUGCCAUCAUAUCAGGAGCAUGACGUGGAAAGU